UCGUCAUUCUUCUUCUUCUUCUUCGCAUCUCCUCAUCAGAGCGGGCAAGAUACAUAGUGGUAAGGAUUAUCAUCAUCAUCAUCAUCUCCUUCAACAUUUUCGUUCAAGAUAGAGAAUCUUGUGUUUCCGCUCGUUAUCUCCUCGUACGUCUCUGAUUCUCCACUUUCUUGUAGAUCCAUAGCUUCAUUGUUUCCGAUUUUCCGGAAGAACGCCGAGGAAGAACUUCAAGAGUGAGAGAGAAGUUAAAUAAAUUCGAGUGAAAAUUUGGAAGAAUUUCCUUCAGAGAAUUUGAAUCCACCUUCAAGAAUCAAGAGAGUUAACACACAUUGAGAGACUAAGACUCCUUGACUCAUUGGUGCUACUACUUACUGCUCCAAUUGCUUCUUCUACACAGAAAGGGAAUAGCUCGAAAAUGCGCCAUGCACUUCAAGCAAGAUGUUAGGUUCUUUCUUUAACCCUUUCAACGGAGGAAAAGAGUAGGGAGGGAAACUAAGGCUUCAAUACAAUAUCUGUUCUCGUUUAGUGAGACGGUUGGAGAAUUAACUAAGUGAUGGAAGACGUAAAACACAAAUCCAGGAAGGAAGAUUCAGAUAGGAAGGAGGAAUCCAAGACAAGGAGUCGUCGUGAUAAAGAUGAUGGUGACAGGCACAGAGACAAGGAUAAAGAGAGGGACAAUGGGAAGGUUUUGUCUGAUCGGAAGGAUAGGGAGAAACGGAGGUCUGAGAGAGAGAAGAGUGUUGAUGAUGACAACAAGCACAAGGACAGGGAGGAGAGGAAACAUGAUAGACACAAGGGAAAAGAUAAAGAAAGGGACAAAGAAAGAGGUCGAGAGAAGACAAAAGAUAGAAAUAGAGAAGAUAGAGAGUCUGUUGAAAAAGAACGAGCACAUGAGAAGAGGGAAAGAGAAAGAGAAAGGGAAAGGGAGAAAAGGCAGGAACGAGACAAGGAAAAGUCUCGAGAAAGGGAGAAGAGAAGUCGUCAUGAUGAUAGUUCUAGUGACGACGACAAUGAUGUGAAAGACCGUGACAGAAAGAAGCGGAGAAGAGAGAGAGAAUCAAGCAGGGAGCGAGUAAGAAAAAGCAGGUCUAGUAGACAUCAUGACGAUAACGAAGACAGUAGCCCUAGGAAGAAAACCGAGCAAGACUUGACAGAGAAGAAAGAUGUAAAACCAGAGGAAAUUGAUAUGGAAGAGGAACAACGAAAGUUGGAUGAUGAAAUAGAAAAGCGAAGAAGAAGAGUUCAAGAGUGGCAAGAGUUGAAGAGAAAGAAAGAAGAAUCCGAGAGAGAAAACCUCGGAGGUGAAGCAAAUCCAGAUGAAUCUGCCCAAGGAAAGACCUGGACGUUAGAAGGAGAAUCAGACGACGAAGAAGCUGACCCUGAUGAGAAAUCUGGAACAGACAUGGACUUGGACGGAGUUGCAAAGCCCGAGCAGGAUCUGAUUGCUGAUGGCAUGAAUCCUGAAUCCAAUAAUGGAGUUGUUGUUGCCGCUCCGCCUACAAUUCAAAAUGAUGGAGAAGGUGUUUCUGCUAUGGAGGAAGAGGAAAUUGAUCCUCUAGAUGCUUUCAUGAACUCUAUUGUACUUCCGGAGGUGGAGAAAUUAAAUGCUAGCGAUACAAAGGAAAUUAAUGCUGCUAAAGAACAAGCUAAGAAGGAUUCGAGUAAGUCCAUGGGAAGGAUUAUUCCUGGUGAAGACUCCGGGCCUGAUGAAGAUAUUGAGUUAGAUGAUGAUAAAUCCUCCGAGGAUGAAGACGAUGAAGAAUUCAUGAAAAGGGUGAAAAAGACUAAAGUAGAGAAACUGUCCAUUGUUGACCAUUCAAAAAUUGAUUACCCGCCUUUCAGGAAAAAUUUCUACAUCGAAGCCAAGGAAAUCUCGAGGAUGACUCCAGAAGAGGUCGCGGUUUAUAGGAAACAACUGGAACUGAAGAUACAUGGAAAGGAUGUACCCAGGCCAGUGAAGACCUGGCAUCAGAUUGGCUUAUCCACUAAAAUUCUGGAGACGAUAAAGAAACACAACUUUGAGAAACCCAUGUCUAUUCAGGCUCAAGCUUUGCCUGUAAUUAUGAACGGUCGAGAUUGUAUAGGAGUUGCAAAGACUGGCUCAGGUAAAACGUUGGCAUUCGUGCUUCCAAUGUUAAGACAUAUAAACGAUCAGCCUCCCGUUGAAUCUGGCCAGGGGCCUAUUGGUUUGAUAAUGGCACCCACUAGAGAACUCGUUCAGCAAAUCCACAGCGACAUCAAGAAGUUCACGAAGGUGUUGGGUCUCACGUGUGUACCCGUCUACGGUGGGUCGGGCGUCGCACAGCAGAUAAGCGAUCUGAAACGAGGGGCCGAGAUCGUCGUAUGUACUCCGGGCAGAAUGAUCGAUAUCCUUUGCACGAGCAGUGGGAAAAUCACGAAUCUUCGUCGGGUGACUUAUUUGGUCAUGGACGAAGCCGAUAGGAUGUUCGAUAUGGGAUUUGAACCCCAAAUAACUCGAAUAGUUCAAAACACUCGUCCAGACCGUCAGACCGUUCUCUUCUCCGCUACGUUCCCUCGUCAGGUCGAGAUUCUGGCCCGAAAAGUGCUGAACCGACCCGUCGAAAUCCAGGUAGGUGGAAGGAGUGUCGUGAACAAGGACAUCACUCAGUCGGUGGAGGUUCGUCCGGAGAACGAUCGGUUCUUGCGACUGUUGGAGAUGCUGGGUGAGUGGUACGAGAAAGGGAAGAUUUUAGUUUUCGUCCAUUCGCAGGAGAAAUGCGACAUCUUGUUUAAGGAUUUAAUCAAGCACGGCUAUCCUUGUUUAUCGCUUCACGGGGGUAAGGAUCAGACAGAUCGAGAGUCGACGGUUGCGGAUUUCAAGAGCAACGUUUGUAGUUUGAUGAUCGCGACGAGUGUGGCUGCUCGAGGGUUAGACGUGAAGGAGCUCGAGCUGGUGGUUAAUUACGACGUCCCGAAUCAUUACGAGGAUUACGUUCAUAGGGUGGGUCGGACAGGUCGGGCCGGGAGGAAGGGUUGCGCGAUAACGUUUAUAUCGGAGGAGGACGCUAGAUACUCGCCGGAUCUUGUGAAGGCGUUGGAGCUAUCAGAGCAAGUGGUCCCCGAUGAUCUGAAAGCUAUUGCGGAUGGGUUCAUGGCGAAGGUCAAUCAGGGGCUGGAGCAAGCUCACGGAACUGGGUAUGGUGGAAGCGGGUUCAAGUUUAACGAGGAAGAAGAGGAGGUUAGGAAAGCGGCUAAGAAGGCUCAAGCAAAGGAGUAUGGUUUCGAGGAGGAUAAGUCGGAUUCGGAAGACGAAGACGAGGGUGUUCGGAAAGCGGGAGGCGAUGUCUCUCAGCAGGCUAUUCUGGCUCAGGCGGCUCUUGCUGCAGCGACUGCGGCGGCAGCUGCUCCUACUUCCUCCGGCCAACAAAAUGGAACGUCGGUUCCUAUUCCGGGAGGACUGGCUCUGCCUGUGGACGGUGCGGCUAGGGCGGCGGCUCUGGCAGCUGCGAUGAACUUGCAGCAUAACUUGGCUAGGAUUCAGGCUGAUGCUAUGCCGGAGCAUUAUGAGGCGGAGUUGGAGAUUAAUGAUUUUCCGCAGAAUGCUAGGUGGAAGGUGACCCAUAAGGAGACAUUGGGGCCGAUAUCGGAAUGGACGGGGGCUGCGAUUACUACUCGUGGGCAGCAUUAUCCGCCUGGGAAGCUGGCUGGACCGGGGGAUCGAAAGCUGUACUUGUUUAUUGAGGGUCCUUCGGAACAAUCUGUAAAAAGGGCGAAAGCGGAAUUGAAACGGGUGUUGGAAGAUAUCACGAUGCAGGCCACAUCUCUCCCGGGUUCUGCCCAGCCCGGCAGAUACUCGGUUGUGUGACUGACUCUCGAUCCUUUAGGACGACCAUCACUUGAUUGCUGCUAGAUUCCUAGCAUAUGGCAGCUUCUGCCCGGUGCUGCUACCCUGAUUUUGAUAUUGAUAUUGAGAGACUUAAUGUUAAAAACAAAAUGAUAUUUAUCAUGAUGCAUGCUGUCUCUUUUGAAUUUUGCUUGUAAUAUUUGCUGGAGUAUUAUUUUAUUAUACAAGAAAUUGUUGCUGAAA